AUGAAUGCUGAGCUUCUAGCUGUUCCAGCUUUGACGUCCGCCCUCAACCCUGCUGAGGUUGAUGCAUCUGACGUCACCAAGCGUGAGAACUGCAAGCUCACUCUCCAGUGGAAGUCGAACUGGAGAGAGGGUAGUCUGCGAAGAUACCGAGUCCAGCUGAUUACAGCUCCCCGGGAGGAUUCUCACCUGAGUCUGUAUUGCAGUCACGUUAAGAGGGGCCAAGCCCAGCUCAGCAACAUUCAGUGCUACUGGAGAGACGGCAUGUACGUCAUUGACUUCAGUGACGCUGAUGGUCCUGCUGGUUACGUUACAUACAAGCGAGUCUUUAGCCAGGCCGGCGAUGUAUGCGCCUGUGGAACUGGUUGCCAGGUUGUCAAGAAUCUCUAA